AUGAAGAAGCGUAUUGUCAUUUGUUGCGAUGGGACUUGGCAGAAUUCGGACAAUGGCUACGUCAAGCCAUCUGCCUCCAAACCCGUACCGACUCUCCAAAUCCCAUCGAACGUAACGCGGAUCUCCAGAGCUUUCAAAAGGAACUGUUCUAAUGGCACAUUCCAAAUUAUCUAUUAUCAGUCCGGCGUCGGCUCUAGAGCAGGUCCCGUCGACAGAGUUGUAGGCGGUGCAUUCGGAAUCGGAAUUGCAGAGAAUAUUCGCGAGGCUUACUCUUAUAUCUGUGCGAACUACGUAGAUGGGGACGAAAUCAUUCUUGUCGGCUUCAGCCGCGGAGCUUUCACUGCGAGGUCUAUCGGCGGAAUGAUAUCUGAUCUGGGUUUGCUUACCCGCGAGGGCAUGGAGUUCUUCUAUCCGGUCUUCAAAGAUAUGCAGAACUGGAUGAAUCCCAAUUACGAAGACCCAUUUCCAGAGACACCAUUCCCGAAUAAACCAAAAGGACCUCAAGCUGCUGACAGGUACCGGGACAUGCUUGUUAAGAAUGGAUAUUCCCGGGUACGCCAAGAUAGAGGCAAAGGAGAUUUGAUUAAGGUCAAAGCCAUUGGUACAGCUAACGAAACACCGUGUAUGGGAUACAGUCGGCUCGUUGGACUGUCUAAUAAGAUCGAGCAUGGGUUUCAUGCCCUCGCGUUAGACGAGACCCGCGGUCCGUUCAGCCCGACAUUGUGGGAGCGGCAACCAGAAUAUCGAGACACUUCAGAUCUUCGACAAGUUUGGUUUCCUGGCAGUCAUGGAAAUGUGGGAGGCGGUUGGGCUGAUCAAGGCGUUUCUAAUAUAACCCUUGCUUGGAUGAUGGAUCAACUCUCUUCCGUUGGCUGCGAAUUCAUAGACGACGCCAUUGAGAGACUCCACGAUCGCAAUGUGAAGUAUUACCACAGUUUGACGCCGGAAAAGACGAGACGCGAAAAGCUCGUGGACUCCGCUUGUGGAUGCUGCGGGGCCAUUCGACAGAAAGAGCCCCGACCUUGGGCAGCAUUGCCUAUCUUCCAUUCGAACAAACCUGUCCGCCCGUGGUCCCUGCAUACCAUCCAAGCGGUGAAGAGCCCAAUUUAUGAUCUCGCUGGACGCGUUACUCGUUCGCCUGGCAUGUACAGAAAGAUGAAUCCCGAGACUGGACGGCCUACAGGUGCCUUUCUUAAGGAUACGAACGAGCGCAUCCACAGUUCGGUGCGCGUCCGCCUUGCGUGUGAGGGCUUGGGACUCAACGACUCUAAAAUUUGGGAAUGUAAAGCCUUAGCACGAGCGUGGCGUCCUCGUCGCGUCGCUCAGACAUUUCCUGACCCUGUGCCGCACGAUGCUAGUUGGGGACCGAAAGCCAACAGUGAUACUGGAGGGAGGCAAUCUAAUACCGCCAACAGUAGCAGCGCUGUUCCUGGCAAAGCCAUUUAUGAUACAGAGGAAAGCGAAAGCAUUACUACGCAGGGAGGCAGUUCCUCGCAGGAAUCACGCUGGGUCUGGGAGUAUAUAGGUCCUGAGAAGGGUGCUCCGCCUGUUCGGACAUUGGUGGAAGAGAACAUAGGUCCGUGGGAGAGACAUUUGCUAGAAUUAUCUGCUGGCAAAGUUCACGUUCGCCAGUACGCGGACGCCCAGGAUAUCAAUAGGCUCAAACCUUUCAGACAUAGAGGUCCCGCGAAGAAGUCGAUUUUGAAGAAGGCAAACGAAUCGACUCCGUUAGUAGGUACCUAAAGGCCAAUGGGCAUAAAUUGUGAGAGACGGGUCACGGUUACCUAGCCGCGUGGCAUUUCUUGGCGUUAGUAUCGAUAGAUAGUAGCUUUUUAAGCAGUGUUUUGUCUCCGAC